GUAUCAAAAGUCAUUUCCGCUCUCGUUCUGCCAUCAAAUCCAAAUCGUGUAGCACGAGAAAUCUUACCUACUUCAAGAGCACGGUGAAGGAAUUAUGCAGUCUCACACGAUCCUGUUGGUCCAGCCUACUAAGAGGCCAGAGGGGAGGACAUACGCUGACUAUGAAUCAGUCAACGAGUGCAUGGAAGGUGUUUGUAAGAUGUACGAGGAACACCUAAAGAGAAUGAACCCCAACAGUCCGUCCAUCACAUAUGACAUCAGUCAACUGUUUGACUUCAUCGAUGACCUGGCUGACCUCAGCUGCUUGGUGUACCGUGCGGACACACAGACGUACCAGCCGUACAACAAGGACUGGAUCAAGGAGAAGAUUUACGUGCUGCUGCGGCGUCAGGCCCAACAGGCUGGGAAAUGAGACUCUGGCCCCGUUCCAGGCUGACUACACUGCAGACGCAUGAUCUCGCAACAACCUGGAUAGGUGUUUAACAUGUCGGCUAACCACAUCUUAUCAAAUAGCAAUCCGAUGCAGUGUAGUCUGCCUGGAACGCCACCAAUCUAUGACAUCAGAGGUUAUUACGGUGGGGUCAGGGUUGGGGGGGGCUGGGAGUGUUGGGUAGUGUGAAUUUGCCCCUAGAUCCUUGGGUGGGGAAGGGGAUGAUCAGAGGUUAUUACGGUGGGGUCAGGGUUGGGGGGGCUGGGAGUGUUGGGUAGUGUGAAUUUGCCCCUAGAUCCUUGGGUGGGGAAGGGGAUGAUCAGAGGUUAUUACGGUGGGGUCAGGGAGUGUUGGGUAGUGUGAAUUUGCCCCUAGAUCCUUGGGUGGGGAAGGGGAUGAUCAGAGGUUAUUACGGUGGGGUCAGGGAGUGUUGGGUAGUGUGAAUUUGCCCCUAGAUCCUCGGGUGGGGAAGGGGAUGAUCAGAGGUUAUUACGGUGGGGUCAGGGGUUGGGGGGGGCUGGGAGUGUUGGGUAGUGUGAAUUUGCCCCUAGAUCCUUGGGUGGGGAAGGGGAUGAUCAGAGGUUAUUACGGUGGGGUCAGGGUUGGGGGGGCUGGGAGUGUUGGGUAGUGUGAAUUUGCCCCUAGAUCCUUGGGUGGGGAAGGGGAUGAUCAGAGGUUAUUACGGUGGGGUCAGGGUUGGGGGGGCUGGGAGUGUUGGGUAGUGUGAAUUUGCCCCUAGAUCCUCGGGUGGGGAAGGGGAUGAUCAGAGGUUAUUACGGUGGGGUCAGGGUUGGGGAGGCUGGGAGUGUUGGGUAGUGUGAAUUUGCCCCUAGAUCCUAGGGUGGGGAAGGGGAUGAUCAGAGGUUAUUACGGUGGGGUCAGGGUUGGGGGGGCUGGGAGUGUUGGGUAGUGUGAAUUUGCCCCUAGAUCCUUGGGUGGGGAAGGGGAUGAUGAUCUUUGAUCUGUACAUAGGGGAACCUUCACUCCGGAGCGUUUGGAUAGGAAGGGAGAAGGGUUGAAUGAUAUUAUCUUUAUUGUUUCACUGAGAAGUGUUGUAGAGGGAGAGUGUAAGGCAGCUUGCGUUUUGUUUUAAUUUUUGUAUUUAAAGAAAAUUCCCCCUUUAUAAAGAAGUGUUUGUCUUUUACUUAAAAUAAAACAAUAAAAAAGUA